AGGGGCGAACAAAGACCGCCCAAUGUGCAUUCAGUCCGCCUCUAUCUGCUCUCUGUGUUUUACAGGCGAGAAAAGGGGCGGCGCGAGAAUCAGCCGAGCGUCGUCUUUGCAGACAUCCAAAGCAGAUUCUUCCCCCUUCGAGCCAAAGCGUUGGUACACGCCGAGAUGGCGGCCCUCAUGUUCCAACGAGGGUUGCUUUGGAGUAGGAAUGGGCUUAAAGUCUGGGCUAUCGCAGGCAAAAGAUCUCUUCUUUCAGCAACCUAUGUGGAUAGUUCAACAUGGGAACAAAGAGAAAAAGAUCAGUGCAGCCUAGCGGAAUUGGCAAAUUCGAUGGACAGAACCUAUGAAAAUAACUUACCUGUCAGCUCUUUAACUAUAUCUCAGUUUAUAGACAACGUUUCUUCGCGUGAGCAAGUGGAUCAAGCAGAAUAUUAUCUUUACAAGUUUCGUCACAGCCCUAAUUGCUUUUACCUGAGAGACUGGAUCAUCCACUCCUGGAUCAGGCAAUGCCUGAAAUUUGGUGCACGGGAUAAAGCCUUGUACAUGAUACAAAAUAAGGUGCAAUAUGGAAUCUUCCCAGAUAAUUUUACUUUUAAUAUAUUGUUGGAUUCUUUUAUAAAGGAUGAGAAAUAUGAAGAUGCCAUGGCCAUCGUCACCGAAAUAAUGAUACAGGAAAGUUUUGAUGAACUGUCAACACAACUUCUCUCACUCUACGUCAUGUACAAGUAUUUGGCAACCAAAUCAGAACUUAAGUGGGAGGAAGAGAGAGAUCUUGGUGCAUCUUUGUUGUUAACCGGCCUGAAGCAGGCUAGCACGGUGGGAUUCAGCUCUCAACUGUAUGGCUAUGCACUUCUCGGAAAAGUGGAGCUGCACAAGGGGCUACGAGCUGUGUACCACCAAAUGCCACUCAUGUGGACCCCAGGGUAUCUGAACACAGCCUUGCAGUUAAUGGAGAAUGUGACGUUGCUUCCCAGUGAUGUAAAGCUAUGCAAAGAAGCUAUUGAUGUUCUGGCAGCCAUUUUGCAGCCCUCUCCUGUGUCCGAAGUUUCUCAGGAAGAAAGCAAGGAUGCAGAAGAAACGCCCAAGCAAGUGCAGUCAGAAGAAACAGAAAUGCUUCGACUGCCCGAGUACCUUAACCGAUUCAAGGAGCUGCAUUCUAAACUGCAGUCUCUUGGCAAGGUGGAAUCUGCAGGCUUGUUGACACUGGCCACCCAGCUUGUCGAGGAAAAGCUGCCAGCAUCUGAAGUGGAAGACAUUGCGAAAUACCAGCAGAGGCUGAAGGAGUGGGAGCAGGAGCGAGCGGCUCUGAUGGAAAGGGAGAGGGAGUCUCGAGAGAGAGCCAAGCAGGAGCAAGAAGCCCGGAAUGCAGCAAAAGCCUCCAUUCCAUAAACCUGCUCAGAGACUUCUGUCCUGUUACAGAUUCUCCUGGCAAGCUCACAGAGUGUGCCUAGCAGCCCUGUGGUGAGAACAGCCUGCAAAUUAAACCUUUCUGGACCCAU